AUGACUCUAGAAUCGUUAACGAACAAAUUAAUACAUGAAAUAUUCGAAUAUAUCAGUACUCAACAUCUUCUUCAUGCAUUUUAUGGCAUUAAUGUUCGUUUUAAUAUGCUCAUUUAUGAUCAUAUUCGAGAUCAUGAUGGUCUUUUUCAAUCCAUAUCUAAAUCAUUGUUCAACACACUUUGUAUCAAAUAUCUUCCAAUGAAUAAGCAUCGAAUUUUUUCACUACAUCUGUCCGACAAUGAUGAUUCACCACAACAAAUCGAAUGCUUCUUCAACAAUGGUUUUCAUCUUCGAGAAUUCAUUCAACUUCGAUAUCUAACGUUAGAUUUUAUUCAUAGUGAAAAUACAACGAAACGAAUAAUGUUAGAAUUGCGUCAUCUACCUUUACUGACGGAUUUAAAUUUAAAUCAAUGCUAUCUUCGUAAUCAUCCAAAAUAUCAACUAAAUUUUGUCAAUAAUAUUUGGAGUUUACCAAAACUCAUUCGAUUGAACCUAAAUAUUGUACCGGAAUACAAAUGCUGUUUAUCCGUACCGACAGUCAUCUCAUUAAGUAUUGAAUAUCUUUCUGUCACGGGUGUUUAUUAUGAAAGUAAUGAAAUUGAUCGUCUCUUCAAAACUACACCUCGACUUCGAUCAUUACUAGUUGAAAUGACGUGUACAACAUCGAAUAAUGACUUUACAAUUGUUCUUCCAUCGUUAAAUCGAUUGAAUAUCAUGUUCCAUUCAGCUCAAAAAAGCACAAUUGAAAAUCUGUUACGUAAUUUACCGAAUUUAAAUGCAUUAAAAAUUGAAAUAUUAGAUCUUUGUUUAAAUGGUCAUGAUUGGGAACGAAUUAUCACUAAAUAUUUAUUAAAACUAAAGCGAUUCGAAUUUAAAGUAGAUGAUAAUUUUUCAAAAAAUUGCAUCAUAAGUAAAGAGAUCAAUCAACUUCUUCAAACUUUUCAAACUCGAUUCUGGAUUAAUACUCAUCGAUGGUUUGUUCGAUGUGAUCUAUUUGAAACAGAGCAUUAUUCUUUGUACACAUUACCGUAUGCUUUUAAAGAUUUUUCUCGAUUACCAAUUUUUUCAAAAUCAACUUGUUCCGAUGAUUUUAAUCAUUCUCGUAUGUAUGAUUAUGUAUGUAAUAUAUCGAGUCCAUUGACAUUUUCAUCUUAUAUAAUCAAAAUUCAUUUUCAUUUUCAAAAUCUUCAUCAACUCUCUAUUAAAUGUCCUAUCGAUCAAUUGUUUUGGUCAUGUAUUUCAAAUCUGAAUCGUCUAUGUUCACUACGUAUUUUUUGUUAUGAUGGUCGAAAAUCAUAUCGCUCUCAAUUACAAACGAUUCUUGAUCGAGCACCAAAUUUAAAUUCUCUAAGUUUGCUGAAUUCACCAUCGGCAAUUUCACAAAUGAUCUCGUUUCAAUAUAAAAGUAACUCAAUACGUCAAUUAGAUCUGCAACCAUUAGGUGACUGGUAUAAUAAACAAGAUUGUCAAACAUUGAGUCGUUCAUCGCUCGGAACCCAAUGUGAAACACUUUGUAUUCGUGUAGAAAAUCGAGCAUGUAUAUUUGAUCUGGUUUAUACAAUGAAAAAUUUACGUUCACUCAAUGUUCGAUGUCGCGACGACAGAUGGAACGAAUACAUGGCAUCAGACAAUGAUGAAUUAAUUCAUUGGUUAAAAAGAUAUCUGCCAUCAACAUGUACAGUAACUAGAGACUCUUGUUCACAAUCGAGAAAUCUUCGUUUGUGGAUUCGUUAA